CAGCAGCAGCAGCAGCAGCAGCAGCAGCAGCAGCAGCAGCAGCAGCAGCAGCAGCAGCAGCAGCAGCAGCAGCAGCAGCAGCAGCAGCAGCAGCAGCAGCAGCAGCAGCAGCAGCAGCAGCAGCAGCAGCAGCAGCAGCAGCAGCAGCAGCAGCAGCAGCAGCAGCAGCAGCAGCAGCAGCAGCAGCAGCAGCAGCAGCAGCAGCAGCAGCAGCAGCAGCAGCAGCAGCAGCAGCAGCAGCAGCAGCAGCAGCAGCAGCAGCAGCAGCAGCAGCAGCAGCAGCAGCAGCAGCAGCAGCAGCAGCAGCAGCAGCAGCAGCAGCAGCAGCAGCAGCAGCAGCAGCAGCAGCAGCAGCAGCAGCAGCAGCAGCAGCAGCAGCAGCAGCAGCAGCAGCAGCAGCAGCAGCAGCAGCAGCAGCAGCAGCAGCAGCAGCAGCAGCAGCAGCAGCAGCAGCAGCAGCAGCAGCAGCAGCAGCAGCAGCAGCAGCAGCAGCAGCAGCAGCAGCAGCAGCAGCAGCAGCAGCAGCAGCAGCAGCAGCAGCAGCAGCAGCAGCAGCAGCAGCAGCAGCAGCAGCAGCAG